GACGAUCGAUUGGUAUUAACUUAUUCAAUUUGAUUCCUUAGAGGUUGAACUUUUCAUCUCAGUUGUUGAGGACAUCCAACAAAGUCAUUGAAGGCGGGUUUGUCCAGUGUUAUCUUGACGUAUCCAAGAGCUGAGCUUCACAUAGCAUUACCUUCUCUUUCCCAAACAUUUAAAAAUACUUCCCGAUACAAAUUGACAGCUACUAAACCGAAAUACUUUACUGCACAUUCCAUCCAGCUUCUGUUGUCAUUUGCACAGCAGUGCGUCUGGUCUGAAAUAGCCACAGCGCUCGCAAAAGGUUACGCCAGCCUUCCUACUAACCGUUGCACAACCGAUUUGUCGCCUCGUGAAAAACGGGAAAAACGGGAAAACGGAAAAAGCGACCAAUGUGCAUUGGGCGCUCGCUCGGCCGGGAAAGUUUUCCACUCACCUGGCACAGUAACGUGACGAAGCUCUGACGUAGAUAUCUCCGUGCAGUCGCCAGCAAAGUUCGGAAGUACCACCGCGCGCACAAUAGUUCGCCGGUUCGCUUUUUCGUAACGGCUGGAUGUGGUGUAAAGCCCGAAAGGAACAUGUGCCACUCGGCGCGGAACGUGACAGCGAAAGGACGUCCUUCCUACAGCUAACGGCGGGCACAGGUGCACCCGUCGUCGUUGGCUCGAAGUGAGGAGUUUUGUUUUGUUCAACAUUUUCCCGAAGCGCGCGUCAGUAUGGAAAGUGUCAGUUGUGGGAUUUCCUGGGGGUUGUGGGUUUUUUGAUGCAGUUAAUGUGCUUAUUAUCGUACCAAAAUUAACCUUCCGCUGAAUCUCUGCACAUUGCAUGGCUACGAGAAACGUCACUGGACAUGUUCCUUUGAGAAAUUCCAAUCUCCAUCUCAGCUAGCCAUGAAAAAGCAUAACUUCUGUCAAAGUCUUUGAAACCCCUUCGGAGAGAGAUGUCAUCCAAAGGACAUCGCUGUUCCCUGCCGGUGGUUCUUCGAUUGGGUGAUUCCUUGACGCAUCUGCCCCCAAUCCUUCCCGGAACAACAUUCGCUGGUCGAUUUCUCCGGUACAUCCGAUCCCUUCUGCUCAUCUCACCGGAUCAUCCCGAAACGCACCUGUACUAUCGCAGCCGGUCGAAAAUAGCAGCCGAAAAUGCAAGACUUGUCCGAGAACUUCCACCCUUCAUCGUGCACCCGUUCAGCAGCUUCCGUAAGUGUUGGGAGAUGUUGAUGUACUUCGUGUUGACGCUUCAUCUCGUGACGCUUGCAUUCGCGUUCGCAUUCGCACCGCAUCUUCCCUAUAAAAUCCUGUGGAGGAUACAACUCUUCGACUGUGUGCUGUGUGCGAUACUUGGGAUGGAGUUCGGCCUGAAGCUGGUCACUGGAUACGUCAGCCAAGGAGAAGUGGUACUGGAACCAAGUCGGAUUGUGCGGUACCGAUUGCGCUGGUGGAAUGUGGUCAACAGGAUGCUGCUGUUCGUACCGUAUGUGCUGCUGUUGGACGAGCUGGUGCGAGCGUUCUAUCAGGAUGCUGUGGCCGCUUACCUGUGUCUGGUGAUCUACCUGUAUCUGCUCUGCAUCUGGCGCUUUCGAUCCAUCAACUGGUACUUUGCAACUGUCGCUCGAAGUUUGUUUUGUCUGUCCGAGAAGCAGAUUCGUUAUCUGGAACCCAUCAUGGACACGAUGUAUGUGCUGCACUGGACUGCCUGCCUACUGUACGUCGUGCCCAUGUUGACUCUAUCACUUCUCGGAAACAACGAGUUUGAAGCUAGCUUCCUGGUGGAUGUGCUCUGGAGUCAUGAUCAACAACGAGACUCGGCUCUGUACCCAAUCACUCACCGAAACCGUUUGCCCCCAGUCAGCGAUGUUCGAGGCUACUUCCAAGAACGCCUGCCCAAGGCCUCCAUUUGCGGAGAUUUCCUUUCCGCACGGGUGGACGAUGUCGAGCACAAUGUCUCCGUGACCUACCGAUAUCUGCGUGCCUUGAUGAUCACGCUCAAGAUAAGUGUACAGGGAGGACACUCUCUCUCAGUCGCCCAUCACUUCCUGCACGAAUGGACCCAAUCGCUGCUACUUCUCGGCGGAUGGAUCUGGUCCACCUACAUCCUGCUCCUGCUCAUCCGAACCAUCAUAACAGCGGAUGCCAGCGAAACACAGUACGAUGAGAUACUGAACGAAAUCGAUGCUUUCUGCCGAAGGAUGCGUCUCCGGGACAAAAUCCACCGGAAGAUGAGUCGCCAUUUUGCCUGUCACUAUCGCAUGCACUACUUCGACGUACGGCCCAUCCGAAUGCAAGCCUCAGACAAUCUACGUCGCACAGUGCUGAUGGAGAUCUCCUUUCAACCGUUCCUAAUCCGCUGUGAUGUCUUCCGAGAUCUUCCACCGUACGUACUGCAGGACAUUGCCGAUGAGCUGAAGUUCAUGAUAUAUCUGGAGGAGGACACCAUCAUCACGGCUGGUACUGUGGCUAAUACGAUGUACUUUCUGGCGAUCGGCACAGCUGCCGUCUACACACCCGAUGGGUUGGAGUUGGGUCAUGUGAUCGAUGGGGCAAACUUUGGAGCGAUCGCACUCUUCCGACCGGAUGCUCAGCAUACGGUGAAUGUGGUAGCGUUGGAGGUGUGUGAGGUGUAUCGGUUGGAACGGGCAAGCUUCCAGAAGCUCAUCAAACCCCACAGCUAUCUGUUGGGACAUGUUGCGAAGCAGGCAGACAAGCGAAUCGCGGAAAGGAAUCUUUUGAUCAACGAAUAUCCCGACGAGCAGUACUUCGAUACCUUUUUUUACUGAGCUGUUGUGAGUUCUGUGAGUUGGAUAAUAAAAUGGCUCAAAGGAGAGUUAUCGGUUCCACACCAAGGACAUGUCUUGAAUGUUUUAAUCGGGUAGAAUUAAGGAUCCACGCUAGCUUCAGCAAUAUCCUUCGAUUUGCAGCUGCUCGCGUGAAUAUAUCUUUAAAUUAGCAUGCAUUUAUGUCCUUAUGUCCUUCAAUUAUAUCUCCAUAUUAAUAAGUUAUUAAUUAAAUUUUAUCCUCUGAAAAUAAAUUCUAGGUUCUUGCCUACUGACGCUCCAUUACUGUCGAUCGUUCAACUCAUCCAUUUGUAUGUCCACCGAACGUCUACCAAGAGUUAAUCUUACGCAACGUUCACACGCCAAAACUGGACCGAAACCGUACAAACGCCUCGGUAAGCUCCAUCCGAGCUGAUCGUAUUUCCGCAUUUUGAAUUGUAGAUUGUGACGAAGCGAA